GCUGCUUUGCAGCAGAGGCGCGGAAGGAAGGGCGCUGCCCUGCAGGCGGGCGCUCGUGAGGGCGGGAGGAGGGAACAUGGCGGCCCCCUCGGCCGGACUAGGACCCUCAGCUCCGGGUUUUGGCGUGGCCCCCUCCCACGGCUUUGCUCACCCCUUUAACUUGCCUUUCUGGAACCUUGUUUCUCCUUCCGCCCCCUUCCCGCAGCCAUUCCUUUUACUUUCAUCGACCCUCCCUCCCCAACCCCACAACGGGUCAUAAUGUGAGAGGUGGGAUUAUGUAGGAGCAGGUCAGGCCCGUCAGGUACCGAGAGACCGACUCUUAAAUGUGACUGCUCGUUUCUCACAUACCACUUUAUCGGUCCGUUCCGGAUGAAGGAGAAGCAGUGAACAUAGAGUGGUCAACCCAGAUUUGCAGUCCUAGUGAUUGCUCUGUAUGAUCCUGUGAAAUGUCACUUAAGUCACCUGGACCUCGGCCUCCUCAAAAGUGAGAUUCUUUUUGAAAGAUUCUUGAUAACCAGGGAGUUUUUGUCCAGCAUUGCUUGCCAGAAUCUGCCCCAUGCCGUGUAUGUUUGGGAAAACGGAAGCAAGGUUUAUUUGGGCAUUAAGGGAGUGCAGGGGAUCUGAGUUAGGACUUAGAGCGCCAUGCUCUAAGUGAUUUAGUAUGUAACCAAUGAGAACACCAUUCUGUUUUGACCCUUUUAUUUCCUCAGUGAGUGUCCUGAGAGUUACAUUUCUGGAGUAAGUUAAAUGGAGAAGGACUCCUACAUCAGCAUUGCUGUUCUGCUCCAAAGAACCUUGGGAAUAUUCAUCUGUCUGCUGUAUUCUCUUUUAGGUGUCCCUGUCAGUUGAGGAUUCUGGAGAAAUCCUGCCUCCGUUGGAGCCUGCACUGCCAGGCAGCAGAAUUGUGGGCUAGAGUGAAGCAGAAAUCUAGAAAUAUGAGCUCCAUGAUGGCCAUGGGUGAACCCAGGCUGAACUGGGAUGUUUCCCCAAAAAAUGGCCUUAAGACAUUUUUCUCUCAAGAAAAUUAUAAAGUUCAUUCCAUGGCUCCAAGUUUAAAAGAACUAUGUGUUUUAUCUAACAGACGUAUAGGAGAAAAUUUGAAUGCCUCAGCAAGUUCUGUAGAAAAUGAGCCGGCAGUUAGUUCAGCAACUCAAGCAAAGGAAAAAGUUAAAACCACAGUUGGAAUGGUUCUUCUUCCAAAACCAAGAGUUCCUUAUCCUCGUUUCUCUCGUUUCUCACAGAGAGAGCAGAGGAGUUAUGUGGACUUGUUGGUUAAAUACGCAAAAAUUCCUGCAAAUUCCAAAGCUGUUGGAAUAAAUAAAAAUGACUACUUGCAGUAUUUGGAUAUGAAAAAACAUGUGAAUGAAGAAGUUACUGAAUUCCUAAAGUUUUUGCAGAAUUCUGCAAAGAAAUGUGCACAGGAUUAUAAUAUGCUUUCUGAUGAUGCUCGUCUCUUCACAGAGAAAAUUUUAAAAGCUUGCAUUGAACAAGUGAAAAACUAUCCAGAGUUCUAUACUCUCCAUGAAGUCACCAGCUUAAUGGGAUUCUUCCCAUUCAGAAUAGAGAUGGGAUUAAAGCUAGAAAAAACUCUUCUCGCAUUGGGCAGUGUAAAAUACGUGAAAACGGUAUUUCCCUCAAUGCCUGCAAAGUUACAGCUCUCAAAAGAUAACAUAUCUACCACUGAAACACCAGAAAAAACAGCUGCAGCUAUGCAUUACGAUAUUAGUAAAGAUCCAAAUGCAGAGAAGCUUGUUUCAAGAUACCACCCUCAGAUAGCUCUAACUAGUCAAUCAUUAUUUACCUUAUUAAAUAAUCAUGGACCAAACUACAGGGAACAGUGGGAAAUUCCAGUGUGUAUUCAAGUAAUACCUGUUGCAGGUUCAAAACCUGUUAAAGUAAUUUAUAUUAAUUCACCACUUCCUCAAAAGAAAAUGACAAUGAGAGAGAGAAAUCAAAUCUACCAUGAAGUUCCAUUAAAAUUCAUGAUGUCCAAAAACACAUCUGUUCCAGUUUCUGCAGUAUUUAUGGACAAACCAGAAGAUUAUAUGUCUGAAAUGGAAUCCAUCUUUGGAAAUGCCCCUUGGAUUCUUGGGAGGGAAAAGAUGUCUUAUGAAGUUAAUGAGUGCCGAAAAAUUGAGACCCUUGAAAAUUUGGACCUGGAUUUUGAUGGUGACGUCACAGAACUUGAAACUUUUGGAGUAAACACCACCAAACCAUCAAAGUCACCAAGUCCAGCAAGCACUUACACAGUACCCAACACAACAGAUACCCCCACAGCUCCCAGCACAGCAACCACAUCUGUGGCACCAACUGCUCCAGACAUUUCUGCUCAUUCUAGAAGUUUAUCUCAGAUUCUGAUGGAACAGUUGCAAAAGGAGAAACAGCUCAUGACUGGUAUGGAUGGUGGCUCUGAAGAGUGCAGAAAUAAAGAUGAUCAGGGAUUUGUACCAUGUGGUGAAAAGGCAUCAAAUCCUGAGAAGUCUUUGGUGCAAGAUAGUGACUUGAAAAUGUCUGAUUCCUUACAGUUAGAAAGUUCUACAGAAAUUGAAACCUCUAAUAAAAAUGAUAUAGCUACUGAUACAGUAUAUGCCCCUGAAAAACUAAAUAUUCUAGAGAACACAGACAAUUCAAAGGAAAAGACUGUUACAUCAGAAGCAGUGAGAAGUGAAGAUGUAAUUCUUUGCAAUAGCGAUACAGAUGAAGACUGUUUAAUCAUUGACACAGAGUGUCAAAAUAAUAGUAAUGGAAAGACAGCUGAUGUGAAUUCUAAUUUAAAUUCUAAACCAGCUAGCCCCAAUUCUUCUUCCACACAGGCUUCUGUAGGAAACCAGACUAAUGCUACUUGUAGUCCUGAAGAGUCAUGUGUUUUAAAAAAACCUAUCAAAAGAGUAUAUAAAAAAUUUGAUCCAGUUGGAGAAAUUUUAAAAAUGCAGGAUGAACUCCUAAAGCCAAUUUCCAGAAAAAUACCUGAAUUGCCCUUAAUGAAUUUGGAAAAUUCUAAACAAACUCCACCUUCUGAACAAUCCUCUGCUCCUUCAGAUGCCUCUAGUUGGCCAAAGUCUGUUUGGCCUUCUGCGUUUCAGAAGCCAAAAGGACGAUUGCCAUAUGAACUUCAGGACUAUGUUGAAGAUACAACAGAAUAUGUAGCUCCGCAAGAAGGAAAUUUUGUUUACAAGUUAUUUAGCCUGCAAGACCUGUUGUUACUUGUGCGAUGCAGUGUCCAGAGGAUAGAGACCAGACCACGUUCUAAAAAACGGAAGAAAAUCAGAAGACAAUUUCCAGUUUAUGUACUACCCAAAGUGGAAUAUCAAGCUUGUUAUGGAGUUGAAGCUCUAACUGAAAGUGAACUGUGUCGCUUAUGGACUGAAAGUUUAUUGCAUUCCAACUGCUCGUUUUAUGUUGGACAUAUUGAUGCAUUUACUUCAAAGCUUUUUCUGCUAGAAGAAAUUACCUCAGAAGAAUUAAAAGAAAAACUCUCAGCACUCAAGAUUUCAAGUUUAUUUAACAUCCUCCAACACAUUCUAAAGAAAUUGAGUAGCUUGCAGGAGGGUUCCUACUUGUUGUCUCAUGCAGCAGAAGAUUCUUCACUCCUGAUCUACAAGACAUCUGAUGGAAAAGUUACUAGGACAGCCUACAAUUUACAUAAAACACAUUGCAGCCUUCCUGGUGUACCUUCCAGUCUCUCAGUUCCCUGGGUCCCUUUAGAUCCCAGUCUGUUACUACCAUAUCAUAUCCAUCAUGGAAGAAUACCUUGUACUUUUCCACCUAAAUCACUAGGUCCCACACCACAACAAAAGGUUGGUGGAACAAGAAUGCCUACACGCAGCCGCAGGAAUCCAGUUUCCCUGGAAACCAAAAGUCUGCCUGCUCAGCAAGUUGAAAAUGAAGGAGAAGCUCCAAAUAAAAGAAAAAUAACUUAAGGACUCUGCCAUGGAAAAUGAAGAAAAACUGGUUUUAACAAUGUUCAAUUUAGAAAAGUUGGAGGGGGAAAUAUACCCAGAAUAUCACUGGACAAGAUGAACAUUUUUCUUUCAGUGUCCUUGAGAGUUCUUAGAGUGCCUUGAAAAAAUAUGUUGGCUAUGUAAAGGAAUGUUUCAGCUAAAAUGCAAUGUUAUACUUUUACCACUUGACGUUUGAAGAGAAUCUAGAUAUGUUUUAACAUUAUCAUGGCAGGGAAACAUAUAGAGGAGAAAAAUAUUUUUAUAGUAGACCUUUUCCAAAAACUGUAAAUAGGAAAAUCAUUUGCUUUUUUUCAAGAGCAAUAUUUAUCAUUGUGUGUUAUGUUAACAAUUUGAAUUAUAUCACCAAUCUGUUGAGAUUGGCUCAAAAAGCUGAAUCUUGGCACUGUCAGAAAUAAUUUUGAGCAACAUAAACCUUGCUUCUGAUGCAUUGUGACAGUUUUUAUAUACUAUUUUAAAAUGAUUGUUGCAAGUUAAUAAAGUUAAUAUCUUUAAAAACUUGAUGCAAUUUUAUUGCAGAAGCCAAAAAUUAAAAAUAAAUAACUCCAUGCCUCUGAAAAGUCACAAGUUAACAGUUUUCUUAUUGGUCAACCAUCAGUUUUUUUAAAAAAAAAAACCUUCAAAAAAUAAAAAAUAAAAAAAUAAAAAAUAAAUAAAACAAACCUUCUGUGGCGUUAUAGGUUUGGUGAUGAAUACCUCUAUCUCUUGGCACAAAUUUCAGCUGAGUGUUAAAAUAUGCUACUGAAAGCAGAGAUGAUCAUGUUUUCCAGAAAAAUCUCAUUUUUUCAACUGAUAAGGUUAAUAUGUGAUACAUCAUAAGCUAUUUUUUCUUAUCUGUACUGAUUAAAUUUCCUAAGACCACAGGAGAUGAAUUUGGAAAUGCUCAUCAUCAGCUGAUGUUACUGUAGCCAAUUUGGACUUAAGAAGGAAUGGACUUAUUUAAUUUUUGUAUCUUGUUCUUUAAUGUGCAGUGAAAGUGUCAGAAAUAUGUGCACACUUUGUAAAAUACAUGUUUUUUAAUCCAAAGU